UUUCGCGGAGCCAUGGAAAUGGCGCUGUCCGCCAGGCGCCGCAAGAGAAUCCUCCUUCUCGCUGCCGCCGCCGGGGUCGGCGGCUACGCGUCCUACAAGGUAUACAAAUCGUCCUUCGUCACGCGCAAGAGGAGGAGAGUGGCAUCGCUGAUCGACAGUCUUGUGCAAAUGAUCGAGAUGUUUGCCAUGGGAAUCGACUCCACCUCGCUCGUGGCUGGCGAUCUUAGAAAUUUCCUCCUCUCGGACGACGACGAGGUCCCCCGGAGCCUCAAACAGGGCCUCAAGAUCGCCAAUUGUAGAGAAUUCCAGGACGCUCUCACGGCCUUUUCUUCCUGCGUUUCAAGGGGGCUGGUUAGAAGCAUAGCGGAUGCCGGUAGUGAUGAAUUCUCUGUUUCUAGAAGAAGGAAUGAACGACAAAGCCACGAGAAAGGUAGCCGGUCCAGGGAUGGAAAUGCAAAGUUCCAGAAUGGUGGUGAGGAAUGCGAUAGCAGCAUGGAGUGUUCCAGUCUCAAGCAAGAAGAGCGGCUCCCCGAGAGGGUACUCCAGAAAAUCUUCAGCGAUCCUGGCAAGGGAUUUGCUUCGGCGGUUCUCGGCUCAGUGGCUAGAAACACGAUUCUCUCUAUGCUGGAAGGCUUACAGAUUCAGCACAACCGAUCGAGGGGAAGUGACUGGGACUCGAGAGGAUUGGCUCCAGAUGUUUGUCCUCCGGAACAGGGAUUAGAACGGCCAAUUCCAUUUGAAGCGUCGGAUACUUUGCUCGACCUGUGCUCCAGCAACCGAGGAAGGUCCUUCGUCGCGGCUUGCAUCGAGGCUUUUGUUGGCACGGCCGUGACGGUUUUCCUGGAGAAGACCAAGGACGUGAACUUUUACGAAGAGGUGGUGGCUGGGGUGACCAAGCCGAGCCACCAGGCUGCUGUGAAGGAUCUCUUUAGCUCAGUUUGCAGCAGCGCAGUGGAGACCUUCGUGAGAACCUCGCACGAAGUUUUGAGCUCCAGUCCUCCCAGGUCCGGGUCAGGAGAAGCCGGCGCCCAAGAGCAUCUCAAGAAAGAGGUUGUGAAGGAGCUUGUCAAGACAGUGGAUUGUUUCAAUGACGGCCUUGGAGCGGCUAGCGAGAGCGAUUCCCUGGCAGCCUCCGGGAAAACUUACAAGACAACAGCUCCGAGCUCCUUGGAGGAACUGGAAGGCCAGGCCAACAUGAUACUCGUGACGAGCAGUCACGGGAGCUCCAGGAUCAACGUGCUGCCAAACUGGGUGGACGGGAUCUCCAGGACGCUGGCGGUUCCCAGCAACAGGAACCUCCUGAUCGACGUCGCCGGGACGGUAACGUCGGAGGCGAUCCAUUCCUUCUUCGACGUGUUCCUGGGAGUCCUCUCGCCAUAUCUCCGGGGAAACCUCCAGCUCCGGGGCCUCACGAGGCGCGAGAGAGACGCCAGGAGCUACAACUUGGCGGAGGUGGUGGAGGACCAUGGCGGACGAGAGAACCCGAGCGGCGACAUCACGCGCAAACCUGGGCGACUUGCCAGAUUCUGGGCAUGGGUUAGCGAAGCCUGCAAAGACGUGGCUGGAAGAAUGCUGGUGAUGCUCACCUUGAGCUCCGCCAUGGCCAUGCACGUCCUGUUUGACGUACCAGCUUUAGAAGCAUAGAAAGAUGUUGUAUAUAUGGUAAAUAACGAAGAUCAGUAUGUGUGGUAAAAUAAUGAAAUAAUCACUCCUUU